AUGUCAAGUGGUGGUUCUUCCAGCAAUGAUUCCGCGGCACCGAUAAACAUCCCGUCGUCGCUUCGCAAUAGGCGUCAGGGAGGCGUUUCGUCCAUAGCGCAUUCUGUCGCGGAUGCCUUACAAUCAUGGACUCAGAAUUCAAAUCAAAUUAUGAGCACUUACAUGUCCGAUAAUAUCGCGGUACCAUCCUCCGUUGUAGGAGAUACUCUGGAACAAGGAUACCUCUCGCCGGCAAUGUCUCAUCGUUACUCAUAUAUUUCACCCGCGCAAGUUCGGCUACCUGAAUCAUAUCGCUCAGGAAAUCGUUCUCAAUAUGGAUCUUAUAUUCCUUCGAGUGCUGUUCCUAGUCUUGCACCAAUCAGCGGAAGUCCGGGCAACGAUAGACCAACAUGGUCAGGCUCCGCCCACGAAAAACAUAGGCGACCUAUCAAAGAACAUACCCCCCUCAUAAGGACUUCGUCAAAGACUUCUAUGACCUCCAUUCCUUUAUCAACGAUACAAGAUAAUGUUCCCGCAUAUAUCGGAUCAACUUUCAAUCAAUCGGUCCUCAAUUCUUGUAACAUUUUGAUUGGUAUCGGUAUUCUCGCAUUACCAUUGGGGUUUCGAUUCGCGGGAUGGGCGAUCGGGUUGGCAUUGUUUUUCUUCUGUUUGGCGGUGACAAAUUAUACCGCCAAAGUACUUGUGAAAUGCUUGGAGUAUGAUGAGGAUCUCCACACGUAUGCCGACAUGGGUGCCAUCGCUUUUGGAGAAGGCGUACGACUUAUAAUAUCUAUAUUAUUUUCUCUCGAAUUGCUCGCCUCGGCCGUCGCCGUGGUUAUUCUCGUCGGUGAUUCUCUGCACGCAAUAUUUCCCGAUGUGUCUAUAACCGUUCUCAAAUUAAUUGCCUGGGGGAUUAUGGCACCCUUGACGUUGAUAGCUAUUCGCUACCUGUCAUAUUUUUCUUUGUUGGGUAUAUUUUCUGCAAUCUCAUUGACACUUGUCUUGAUAAUUGACGGAUUUACAAAGUCUGAAAGACCUGGAAGUCUGGUGGAUCCUAUGCCAACGGAGUUAUUCCCUACCACAUGGGGUGCGGUUCCUAUGAGUUUCGGGCUAAUUAUGGCCGGAUUCACCGGGCAUUCUGUAUUUCCCUCGGUGUAUCGUGAUAUGCAAGAACCUCAAAAGUUCACUAAGGUG